UUUUUCAUUAUUUUUCGACUUUUAUUCUUCCUGUGAUUUUUUCUCAAUUUUAUCACGUCAAACUUCACCAAAAAAUAAUGUCAAAUGAGAGGGCAAAGCCAAGAAGAAGUGCAGAAACAGACAGCCGCGAUAAACGUUUUCUUGGAAGUAUUCAAUCAAUUUUGGAUCCAGAAAGGUCUGUUUCACGUCCUCCUCGUCUUAAUGGACUAAAGAAAAAAUCGGAAACUUUCAAAGAAUGCAAUAAUAUUAACGAUGCUUUGGAGUCUUUAAAUUUGUCAAAUUCUGAGGUUUGCGUUUCUUUGGCGGAUGUUAGUGAGUAUUUUGUUUUUUCCUUUUUUUAA